UUUCUAUUUUUUUUAAACAUUACCAUACAAUAUAGAGCGCCUGUCAGACUUAACCGAUCUAUAUGAUUUUGACCAAGUGAAAAUUACACGAGGCGCGCUAAAUCCCGCGGAAGGAAUAAGUAAAUUAAUUUAUAUUUUCAAAAGAACCUAAAAAUCUUUCAAACCAAAAAAAAGUUAGAACCCAAAAACGCUACUGCUUCUUCUCCACCGCCUCUCCAAUUGAAUCUCCAUAGCUUCCACCUCCAAGAAGAACUAAGAGAAAUGUUGCUACGAAGCCGACGCUGCUACUCAAAGCUACUACUCAACGUUAGGUUGAUAGCAAAUAAAAGAAAACAAAUAUGUUCCUCUCAAGAGGCUGCUACACGUGAGAAUCACAGGGGUCGUACAGUCCGUGCAGCAGUUGGAAGACCAAUUCAAAGUGGCAAUAAAAUCCCUUUACAAUGGAAUCACAAAAAAUUGCCUUGUGGAGAUCAUAAAACUGACUUUUCUACUUAUAUUGGUGUUGUUGUUUGCAUCCGAGUAAGUAUUAAUUAUAAGGAGUGGGAAGAAGUACCAAAAGAAGUUAUCAAUGAAGUUCUAGACUUUAUUACGAAAGGUUUCACUGUUCCUGAAGAUUGUAAAGGAUAUGUGAUAAAACAAGCAUCAAAGAGGUGGAGAGCAUUCAAGGCUAGAUUAAGAAAAUAUUUUAUGUACGAGUGUGACGAGGAGGGAAAUACUACAGAUGUCAUUAUCUGGACACCACCGAGUUUGUAUCCAUGGAUAACCGUAGAUGAUUGGAAAAAGUUCGUUGAAACAAGUCUUGAUGAUAAGUUUAAGGAAUUGAGUGAACUGAAUCGAAAAAGGGCUAAAAAGAGGAAGACUUCUUAUCGUGGGGGUCGAAAAGGGUACUCUUAUUAUGAGGACGAGAGUGCUAAGGAAUUGCAGAAUCAAGGAAUUCAAGUUGUAGAUGUACCUCGGCAUUUGGUUUGGAUUAGAGCUCAUUCUAGAGAAGAGGGAGGAGUUCUAAAAUUUGAUAAUCUGGCAAAUUUGGAAAUAGCUCAAGCAAUUGCUAAUAUCUAUAAAUUUCAGAAAGAAUUAGAGGCUCAACAUAAUCAAGGAGAAAUUGAUGCAUCAGGGCGCAAUGAUAUAUUGGCAAGAGCAUUAAACACUCCUGAACAUGGUGGUUGUGUGAGGGCCGUUGGAGGUGUCACAAACAAGGAGUAUUUCGGGUACAAGAAGCCUACACCCGCUAACCAAGUGCAAUCAGAGCUCAAGCAAGUCGAAACAAAGUUAGAAAAUGUGACAAACAAUCAAAAUUUUCUGAUGUCUUUUAUUAUGUCUAAUUUUCAAUUGACUCCGGAACAAUUCCAACAAAUUCAACUUGGUAGUUCAAGUGCCCAAUUUGGGGGAUUUGGUGUCAACAAGGAUGUGUACAGUGCUACAUUUGGUGAAUUACUUAGCAGCCAUGGUUUAGAUGGAUCAGGUGAUAGGCAAAUAGUUGGUGAAUUGCGUAAGAACUAAUCACACCUUCUACUCAUUCUAUAUUAUCACAAUCAUCAUCCACCAAUUAUGUGAUCACUCCUGAGGAGAAAUUGAAGUUGACCACCAGUUUGGUGCGCGUUUGUAGGAAGUUAGCUAUUGAAAUGAAAAGGAGUGAAAAAACCAUACCUAUCAAAGUCCCAAAGAAUGUGUUUUAUAAUGAGCAGGAAAUUAACAUUGAUUAUGAAGAUAUGUGUGAUUGGUGCUUUCAAAGAAAGAUAGGAACAAGUCGCAUGUCAACUUUUAUGAUGUAAGUGUGGUGAUAAUAUAAAUGGUGAAUUUCCCUUUA